UACAAACAAUAUUCAAUGUACACAUACAGCAGCUAUGGACCAACAUUUGGUGGUGGUCACGACAUUUAUAUCGCCAACAAUGCUGUGUCCUAUUCCAAUUUUUACACAAACUUUGGUUAUACAUACAAGCUCCCAUCUGGCUAUUCUUACGGGAGCACAAAAGCAAAGAACUUAUUGGCUGGCUCGUACAAAUUUAUUCCAAACGAAGUGGAAGCAUUUUAUUUUUCGCCAUUGAUCCUGCAGAACUCAGUUAUUCUGAAAAAUAAACAAGAAUGGAUAGGAAAGCUUCAAAAAUGGUUACCUUCGAAUUUAUAUGGCAAAAAGACGAAGCGCUGUUACAAAGCAACAUCGAAUGGAUGGAGAGCAAGUACAUUCCACAGUUGUUGUGACUCAAAGGGACCAACACUGGUCAUUGUUAAAUAUGGAGGUUGUAUUUUUGGAGGAUUUGCAUCAAAGUCUUGGGGAGGAAGUAGCCGUUACAUAAGAGCAUCAGAUUCUUUUAUUUUUUCUCUUAAAAACCCGGCUGGUCUGGCCCCUUUCAAAUCCUCAAUAUAUAGAUAUCAACAAUAUGCAAUGUACACAAGCAGCAGCUAUGGACCCACGUUUGGAGGUGGUCAUGAUUUGAAAAUCGGCAACAAUGCCAGAACCAGCACAAGCUCGUACACAAACUUUGGUCAUACGUACAAGCUCCCAUCAGGCUAUUCGUACGCGAGCAACAAAGCAAAGAAAUUGUUGUGGCUCCUACCAAUUUCGUCCAAACGAAAUUGAAGUGUUCUAUUUCUCCUCAUAAUAAUCGGACCAUUCACGAAUAAAAUGUGUCAAGGAUGGUUUCUUUUUUGUUAAAUUAACCGAAUUAGCUGUCGCACGUAGCAAAUAAUCUCAUAGAUAAUAAUUGUAAUCAUUCAAUAACUAU